AUUCCGACCACCAUUCAUCAUGUUGGCGCGUCGUCGGCCCUUCGUAGCAUCCUACGUGCGUCGCGCUGCUCUGCGAGCGUUGAGCAGUGCUGUCGCCCCUCCCCACUUCGAUGUGGUCGUGGUAGGCGGAGGACACGCGGGCUGCGAAGCUGCCGCAGCUGCCUCCCGAACCGGUGCUAAAACCGCAUUGGUGACGCAGAAGCUGGCAACAAUUGGCGAAAUGUCGUGCAAUCCGUCCAUUGGUGGAGUCGGUAAAGGUACUUUAGUGCGCGAAGUGGACGCAAUGGGUGGCCUCAUGGGCCAGGUGGCCGACGCGGCCGGUAUCCAGUUUCGUAUGCUCAAUUCGGCCAAGGGGCCAGCGGUGAGAGGCCCGCGAGCUCAGAUGGAUCGAGAUUUGUAUCAGCAAGGAAUACAGAAAGCACUACAGGAACUGCCGAAUCUCUGGCUGGUAGAAGAUGGAGUGGACGACCUCAUGUUGGAGAAGAUAAACCAGAGUAACGACGACGUAGAGGAGCGCGUGAAGGGCGUAGUGACGUCUUCAGGUCGCGAGAUUCAGGCUUCACAGGUGGUUAUUACGACGGGCACGUUCCUCCGUGGUAUGAUUUAUCAAGGACCCGAUAUUCGCAUUCCGGCAGGACGACACAUGCGCGACACGGCUGGCCUUGAGCCUCCAGCAGUUGGUCUGGCGCAGACACUAGAGCGUUGCAAAUUUCCCCUUGGUCGCUUGAAAACCGGCACGCCACCUCGCCUUGAUGGACGCACGAUCGACUACUCAGACCUUGAAGUGCAGCCAAGUGACAACCCGCCGAAGCCAUUUUCCUUCCUGAACGAGCACAAACAGGUCCCACUCGCAGAUAAACAGGUCGUCUGUCACGCUACCUACACGAACGAGGACAGUCAUCGUAUUGUACGUGACAAUCUGCACAUGCUACCGCAGUAUGAUGGUGGACGGGAUGGCGAGGGCGUAGGUCCGCGGUACUGCCCGUCGAUCGACGUUAAGGUUGUUCGAUUCGCUGAUCGCUCGAGACAUCAGCUUUGGCUCGAGCCUGAGGGUUUAAAUACGCACCUUGUGUACCCUAACGGCAUCAGUACUGCACUACCUGAAAACCUACAGCUCGAAUUGUUGCGCACAAUAAAGGGACUGAAGAAAGUGGAGAUCAUUCGCGCUGGAUACUCAGUUGAGUAUGACUACGUGGACCCGCGAUCGCUGCAUCCUACGCUUGAAACAAAGAAACUCUCUGGACUGUUCUUGGCUGGCCAGAUCAAUGGCACGACCGGGUACGAAGAAGCCGCAGCACAAGGAGUCGUGGCUGGCAUGAACGCUGGUUUAAGCGCUAUGGGACGGGAGCCAUUGAUUCUCGACCGCGCCGACGCCUUCACAGGUGUUCUUAUCGACGAUCUCAUCUCAUUAGGCACGACGGAGCCGUACCGAAUGUUCACAUCUCGGUCGGAAUUCCGUCUUCUGCUACGAGCGGAUAAUGCCGACUUGCGACUCACUCGCAAGGCGUUCGAACAUGGCGCUGGCAUCCCCAGUGAGCGAAUGGAGAAGCUAGAACGGAAGGAGAAAGCCAUGGAGUACGCGCGUCAAGCUCUGGACGAGUUUGUGCGUGACCCGCACGAGUGGAACCGCUACGGUGUCAAAGUCGGCUUAGACGGUGUAAAGCGUAGCGCUGCACAAAUCCUCGCCUUCUCGACUGUGACCCCGCAGGACAUUGAGCGUUUGUGGCGUCAAGUUGGCUACGAACACGCAGACGCUUUACCCGAUGAGAUCAAGGAGUUUAUGAAGACCGAGUGUCUGUACGCAACGCAGCUGCGUGCACAGCAUCAAGAGAUCCGUGUGUUCCGCAACAAGCAACACGUACAGAUCCCCGAGUGGGUCGAUUACUCCGAGCUGCCCAUGAUCUCGAACGAGGAGCGCGAGAAGCUGCAACAAGCUCAGCCCGCCACAAUCCACGCGGCCAGUCGCAUCGCAGGUAUCCGAUCAGCGACACUGCUUUUACUUUACCAGUACGCGAUGCGCCAGCCGCACGACGGACUUACCAAGAAACAACGAAGACGUAGAGCCAUCGCUCAACGUAGCAGUACGCAGGAAGAAGCCGCCGCGACGUAA